UCUUAUUGAACGUUUUGAGAGGAGAGGAGGAGACUGCUUCACUCUUCACAUUACUUGUCAGCAGGGACAUAGAUGUUCGCAGUUGAAAAACGUCGUUGGUGAAUAAUUAUUGUUUGUAGUUUUUGGCUGGUCCAAAACUAAUUAUUUUAGUAUAACUAUCAGUAGCAAAGUAACAUUUUUUAUAUUCAUUGGACCAAUAGCUAGCACCUACUAGCUAGCUCCACGGCAGUUAGCUAGGUCGGUGAGCCUAUCUACUAAAAUACCAAAACAUUAUUAUUUUUAGUAUGAACUCUUCUAAAUUCAGCUAUUUCAUAUUGAUAACUAGCCAGAUAAAACAUAUUGCGCGAUUUCACAACAAAUCCAUCGACUUGAAGCAAAAUAAAGGUUAACUAACUAGCAUUUGUGCGCAUCGCGAAAUCGCAACAAAGAAAACGUUUUUGUUUUGCAGAAUCAGGUGGCUAGCUGGUUGCUAACUGUGUUCGAGUAAACAACAAGGUUCUCCGCCAAACAUUAACAAGAUUAGCUCGUUUGCUAUUUUACCAUGGCGCAACAUGGUCCGACUCACGUAGCAAGCUCACAAAAAGCAUUAAUGUUAGAAAUGAAGAGCCUUCAAGAGGAGCCAGUCGAGGGCUUCAGAAUAACAUUGGUUGACGAGGCAGAUUUAUACAAUUGGGAAGUGGCCAUUUUUGGACCUCCUAACACUCACUAUGAAGGAGGGUAUUUCAAGGCUCGUAUCAAGUUCCCCAUUGACUACCCAUAUUCACCACCUGCUUUCCGUUUCCUCACCAAGAUGUGGCACCCCAACAUCUAUGAGAAUGGGGAUGUGUGUAUAUCCAUUCUGCACCCUCCAGUUGAUGAUCCUCAGAGUGGGGAGCUGCCCUCUGAGAGGUGGAACCCUACCCAGAACGUUAGAACCAUCCUUCUGAGUGUCAUCUCUCUGCUGAACGAGCCCAACACCUUCUCCCCGGCCAAUGUGGAUGCCUCCGUCAUGUACCGCAAGUGGAGGGACAGCAAGGGCAAGGACAGAGAGUACGCAGAGAUCAUUCGGAAGCAGGUGUUGGCCACUAAUGCUGAGGCGGAACGUGACGGGGUGAAGGUCCCCACCACACUGGCCGAAUACUGUGUCCGCACUCGUGCCCCGCCCCCUGACGAGGGCUCCGAUCUCUUCUAUGACGAUUACUAUGACGACGAGGAUCUGGAGGAUGAAGACGACUGCUGCUACGAUGAAGAUGACUCUGGGACGGAGGAAUCGUGACGCGUCCCAAUUGUGAACCUGGACGGCUGACGCAUGUGCUCCCUGACCUCUCCUCCCAUCGGAGAGACAGUUCUGAAAGGACUACUUCACGUAUUUUAAACCUCUCACUUUUUCUAUCCACAGAUGGCAAGUGGUAUUCCCCCUCAGUUUCUUCUCAGAAUCGAAGCACACUUAGGUUGGGCCUGGUGUGCUCAGUUUUCUACCAGUGCAAAGGCUGCACCUGUUAUUUUCAGAAAGGAUUGACUAAAAUAAAGCAAAAAAUGACAUGCUACCUUAUGACCUUGUUUGACUAUCUGUAUACAUUUUUUUUUUUAAAGGUGUCAACUUUGCACAGGUGAAAGCACUUGGUAAAUCAGGCCCAUAAGUUAAUCUCUCACUUGUUAAGUUUCACUUCAACUUGCCGCCUCUUUCUAGUUCACUCACACCUAUAGCCUUCAUUGACUGAACAGGCGACUGAAGACCUCCACCUGUCAUGGUAUCUGUGUGAGCGACACACCACUGAACUUACAGCAGAACUUAUUUAUCUCCAAGAUGAGGUUCUGUCUGGCUUCUCUCCACCCUUACAUUUUUGUGCGAGGAAAACCGACUCGAUACUUUUUGCAACAUGGUGUUUCUGCAUGUCAGACAUCUUGGACGCGUAAAAUGUUCUCUUACAGAUGGAUCAUUGCUUGUGUCGUCAUAUUGGUUUGAUUGAAUUUAGAAAAAGACUUGUGAUCAUGGAAACGCUAAUGACUUCUCUCUGGGGGACCCCAGGUUGAGCUUAAGCUGUGGCCCAAACCCAGUUUUAAAAUUUUAACAGCGUUUCAACUUUUCGCUGGCUUAGCCGUAACUAUGAGGUGUUGUUCUCUGUCGUUUGAAAGUGGAGUGUGUGUGUGUGUGAUUCUAAAGCGCUCAACGAAACGAUGCUGCGGCAACCCGUUCUCCUGCAUCUGGACAGAAUCCCUUCAGAGACCCUUUUCUCAAGGUUCUCCUCUGCAAAGCAGGAUAGAGCCAGAAACCUCAACUAGUCUUUGGUGGAGGCCAACUGUAUGGAGAGAGAAAAAAAGUUAGCUGUAUGUGUUUAGCAGCUUAAUAGUUUGCUCUGUUUGCUGUUUGUUGUUUUAUUAUCCUCCUUUCAUUGAGAAUUAUGCCUGUAGUCUUUGUUAGAGAAUGGGUUGAUGUUGGUGGGUUUCUGUAGGAAGAUUGUAUCUCUGUUCAAAAUAUGUUGUGGCAGUAUCAGUCAGCAAGUCUUUGGAAUUGGGAAAGAAAAUGUCAGCCAUUUUUGUUUUUACUUAUUUAUUUUGUGUGUGCUGCUGGGGGUGGGGGAUGCUAUCAUGAAUCUCCAAGCAGAGGUGUGUUUGCGUGUGUGUAUCAGCAAUAUUGGAUGUUGCAUUUUAUUCUAAUUUGGCUUAAUUUAACUUUAUCUCAGGAUAUUUAGGAAUGAGGAAAAAUAUAUAAUUUUAAGAUGGUAAAGUGUCUCUAUUACCUGGUGGGCUUCAGAGAUGGUUUACAGUAACAUGUACCUUUACUGAUAUGCACAUGUGGCUAUAUGGACAAUCACUUUUUCAUUUUAUUUACAUGUAUGUGUUUUUUUUGUCUAUUUAAAACAAAAAAUAAAGAACUUUAUUGGAAAACAA